AUGCAUCAGAGCUGCGAACUCAAAGGGCUGGGAGGAGGCGCGAGAGGAGAGGGGGUUCGGCUGCAGCCAGCAGCAACGCCUCCGACGUUCGCCACUGUCUCGGGAGCGAGGCUGAGUGCGACAAAAUACCCUGCCGGCAUCGGAAAACAGCAACGCAUCCUGCAGCUUCACAGACAGCCACCAGAUGCUGUCGAGGAUGGCCAAAAGCUUGCUAAAAGUUUGGGUUCACACCUAAAACAGAACUCUUUAAUGUUGAACACCCGUGCUUGUCUGUUGUCUUCUGAAGCCAAGGAAGCGCCUUUGGUCUAG